CGUCUUCAUCAGUGUAUUCAGUCCCUAGACUACAGGGAAAGAAGCCAUGAAACUUGGUUAAAGCCUCGGAACCCAGAAUAUUCCUUGCUUCUCAGCGAGCUUUCCAGCCCUGGCAUGAACAGCUGACAUCAUUGGUCAGAACAAAUUGUCCGGAUUCACUUCAGGUUUCAAAGCCAAAUGUGAAUCGAAAAUGUGGAACGACUAUUGAUUUGGAAAACGGAUUCCUCUGUGACCCAGAGCAGGUCCCCCAGCCUCCGGGGGCCUCUCCCCGGGACCGCAGGUGAGACAGCAGGGAAUCCUGCCCGCACUGGGCUGGCAUGGCACCUGGGGAGAGCGUUCAAAUAAACCCCCCCACCUGCGCCGCAGCGACUCCACUAUUUAUCGAGAGAAGGGCGAGCAUCCGCCCACGCAGACUCCUCCGCAGAUGCUCAAGGUGGCGCCUGGGUAACAGCCCAGGUGUCCAUGCGCAGGGGAACGGGUAAACUGAUGCUCCGCUCAGCAAGAUAAAGAACCAAACGGACCCCAAGUCCUGGCGACUCCGCGGAUGAACACGGACGGCAGACAUAGAGCACAUGCCGCAUGAGCCCAUUGGUAGAAGCCUCUAGCAGGGGCACAGUUAACCCAGUGUGGCAGAGAGCAGGUGGGUCCUUAACUCAAGAUUUUAGCAUGAAGAAUUGUUUCCGGGUCUGCCCUGAGCGCCCCAGGUAACAAACAGACCUCUGGGCCGCAGCCGUCCACACGGGAUGCCUCCAACUUGCUCGGCGCCAUCCCUCGGGAGCUCAGCCGCCGCUGCCUCAGUGGGGCCCUAGGGAUUUUGUUGAGUGGCUGUUUGUUGCCCGUGCUGCCGCUGCUCUUACCACUUUACUUUCCUCCUUUGAGCCGGGCCUCGCCCUGCCCCCCGCUGGCAUGAUGGCCCAGUCAAAGGCCAACGGCUCCCACUACGCGCUGACUGCCAUCGGCCUGGGGAUGCUGGUUCUCGGGGUCAUCAUGGCCAUGUGGAACCUGGUGCCCGGCUUCAGCGCCGCCGACAAGCCCACCGCUCAGGGGAACAAGACUGAGAUCGGCAGCGGGAUCCUCAAGAGCAAGACCUUCUCCGUGGCCUACGUGCUGGUCGGGGCCGGGGUCAUGCUUCUGCUGCUCUCCAUCUGCCUGAGCAUCCGGGACAAGAGGAAGCGGCGGCAAGGCGAGGAGGUGGCCCGCACACAGCACCCCGCGGGGGCUGAGCAGCGCAUCCCGGAGGAAGACAGCCAGGAAGAGGAGGAGGAGGAGGCCUCCUCAAGGUACUAUGUCCCCAGCUACGAGGAAGUGAUGCACACAGACUACUCGGAGGCUCGGGAACGGGACCAGAACCCGAGGAUGAGCGUCUCUCUCCCUUCCUACGAGUCCUUGACGGGGCUUGAGGAGUCGAGCCCCACCGCAGCCAGGGCCGGCGCGGAGUCCAGCCCAGGGAACCCGCCCGACAGGCAGAACUCCAAGUUGGCCAAACGCCUGAAGCCGCUGAAAGUCCGAAGGAUUAAAUCCGAAAAGCUUCACCUCAAAGACUUCAGGAUCAACCUCCCAGACAAAAAUGUCCCUCCUCCCUCCAUCGAGCCCUUGACUCCCCCGCCACAGUACGAUGAAGUCCAGGAGAAGCCGUCGGACGCCCGGCCACCUGACUGACAGCCCCGCUCGGGCGUGUCCCUCCGGCCGCUCACCCUCCACACCACCGACCCCCAGGGAGGCCACUUCAGCUGCAGUUGAGAAGCAGAGGGGCCAGAUGCACAGAGAGCAAUGUGGCGGGGGGUGGGGAGUCCUGGGACAAGGGGGUGACUGCCGUCCACGGAACCUCACUUAACAGGUGCAUCCGAAAGAGCUGCCAUCUCGGACCUCGGGACAUGGACCCCAUCGGGGGGCACCACACAGACACCUUUCCUGUGGUUCUUCCCCGACUCGGAGUCGUUGGCGACAACGCUUCUCUUUCCAAUCAGGAGAGGUCCCCUAGCAGCUGGGUUAGGUCGUGAUUUUUGUUUUGCUUCCACUAGGACUGUUUUGUUUCAAAGAGACAACAAGUUAUCCUUUGCUUUCCUCACUGGAGUCCUGAGCCGUGGGCAGGAGAUGUGACUCAGCCUUAGAGAAAGGACACGGGGCGCUUGGUGAAUGAAGAGAAACAAGAGGCUCAGUGAUUUGGGGAGGGUGUGGGGGGAGCAAGGCCCAGGUGGGCCAUCUCGGAGCCCCUGAAGCCAUCGGCCCUCUGAGGGUCCGAGGCCCGGGGCUGCAUACAUCAGACCAGAGUCUUUCCUGGCCAGUGAUCCUGGCCUCGCCAUGUACGGGCAGAAAAGGGAAGCGUGCUAUGAGAUACUCUGUCCCUUCUAAAAUGCCGUGCAACUGAGCUUUUUAUAAUAAAAUGUUUUCUAUGGAGGA